GUUUGAACUUAAUCAAGGAAACCCUCCUUUCCUUCUCCCAACUCUCCAUCCAUGGAAGUCGCAAGAUUUCCUUUUCCCAAACAUUAAUGGCAUCUCCUUGACUUCAACUUUCCAUCUAUAUUCGAUUUCGCCAUCUGAAUUGGAAGAAAAACUAAACCCUAUGAAGCAUACCUCGUCGAAGUAAAGUGAGUUAAAGUUCUUCAUCUCGUCUGGCUCCUGAACCCUAAUAUCCUCACUAUGAUAGUGUGCAAGGUAGCAAACCAAAGGUCUUCUUCACCCGUGCUUCAUGAAGCCUUGCUGAAGGGGAUUAGGGGCAACGUGAUUCCCCCUGGUGAACUAUGGAAGAGCCGUGACCGAAGAGGCCAGCCAUGCAACACAAUGUCAACUUUGACAAGCUCAAUUUCAGAAUGAGGUAUCAUUCACCGCUCAACAGCUGCUGGCACUUUAACACAAGUAAGAAAGAAACAUGUGCAAAUUUUUGAUGCAAC